ACUAUUUAUAAAAAAAGCGUAAUAGGGUAUCUCACCAUUUUUAAUAAUAUAUUUAAUCCUUUGACAACUAAUAAAUUGCAUAAUAAUUUUAUUAGUAAUUCAGUUUUUUUGUAAUGGUUGUGUUUACUCAUGAUACGCAGCAAUAUUAUAGUUUUCGUACGUAUAUAAUUGUUUCAUGCAGUAUCAAAAUGUUAGACGUACAAAUUUAAAGACCGUGUAUUGCAGUGUACGGUUAAAACAAUUACAAAAUAUUACGACUGUAUAAACAAAGUAUUCCGAUCAAUGAUGUUCGGUUAUUACAUUUAGUUGUUAAAAUACAAAUAUGACAACUACGGAGAUGAAUUCAAUAUCAGGCGAGGAAAGUAGUGAGGCUUCGGAUGAAGAAGCAAAAUCAGAAAUUGGAAUGUCUGAAAAAUCAAGCAAAACAUCUUUAUGCAAACUUGAUGAAAAAGGUCGAUUAAAUCUUCAAAAUAUACUGUCAUCCUUCAAUGGUCCUGUUGGCGAAGAACAAGCAUGGGCAUUAUGUUAUCAGGCUGCUAAAACCUUAUCUUCUCUUCCACAAAAUAAGUGUUACAAGCUGUCAAAGUUAUCACAAAUAUUUCUUCACAAAGAUGGCAAUGUUUUUAUAGAUACAAAAUGCUCAGUUGUCCCUGAACAAAAAGCAGUUUAUUAUCUGGGAACUAUAAUUUUUAAAGCUCUUGAUUUUGGCUCUAAAAAAGGAGAAGAGAGAACUUUGCCCCCAGCUUUGGAGAAGCUUGUUACACUAAUGACAAAUUCAGAUCAAGAUUCUAAAACUGAGACAGAUACAGAACGUUUACAAGAAACAGAUGAUGAAGGUAUUGAGAGAGAUUCUGGAGAAAUGGAUAUAGACGAAUUCGUUAUGGAAGAAACUGAUUCCCCAUAUGAAGGAAAUUCAUCUACAUGUUCUUUGAAACAUGUUUUGAAUUUAUGUACUAUACAUAUGGAGACUACAACUGAAGUAGCAGAGAUGCAUUAUCGUGCUGUCAUACGGGCAUAUGUAGCAGAAGCAUUGGAAUUAUCUCAAUUUUUAAAAAAAGUUGCAACAAAUAAGCUUCACGAGAGUGAAAAAACGUCACUUACUACAGAUAAUUCGAAACACGGAUCAACAUCGUUACACGAAUUAGAUACAUUAGGUUUCAAUGAUUGGGCAAGAUUUUGGGUUCAAGUUAUCAGCGAGUUAAGGAAAGGCGUUAAAUUAAAAAAAGUAGAAGCCAAUUUACAAUCACGAGGGCAAGGACAGAGACGAGGUGCAGAAUUCGAAUUAACGCCUUAUGAAAUUUUAAUGGACGAUAUUCGGGAACGAAGGUAUCGUCUGAAAAAGACACCAUCGCCAACACCCUAUUCAAAGAAGGAUGUUCAUGCUAUUAUUCUUGAAUUUAUUCGAAGCCGGCCACCUUUGAAAAAGGCAUCCGAGAGACAAUUACCUCCCUUACGGAAGGAAUGCACUCUUCGAGAAUUGCUGAUGGAGAGUAUAAAAAAACCCCCGAAGCCUUUACGAUCGUCACGAGACAGAUGGCAAAUUCCUACGGUUGAAGAAAGAGCACGAUCGAAUGAACAGACAUCCGACGGUAAUAACGUGAAAGAAAAUGGGUCACCGACCGUACCAAAGCCUGCUCGUAGAGAUUCCGACGGUUUAAAUACCAGACGGACUAGAAAAGUGAUCCCCGUUGAUUUCGAUUUGAAGCUAGAUGCGGAAGAUGAAGACGAUGAGGAUUAUAGCGAUGAACUGAACGUAGCGAGAUUCGAAGAGGAAGACGAGGCCUAUGAUUACCCAUUUGAAAACCGUGAUAUUUCAAACGAUAAUAAGGAUCAUGAUCACGAGAGAGACGACGACGAUGCGGAUUCAGCGAAUCCUUGGAAAAAAACUGGUGGUCUUCGACUUACGAGAAACGAGUAUCAUCGUUUCUGCGAUACUCAACUGGAAUCAUACGAUCUUGCGACUCAAUGCCCAUCUAGAAGAGCUUCGGCAAGGAAACACGCAGCUAGGCGCAAUAUAGCUCUUACAUCUUUUACUGGGACAACGUCUCUUCCUCAUUCCAGACCUCAAAGUCGACAAUACAUAAGCAUAACAGGAUCUACUUUGAGUCAAGGCACUAGUCCAAAUAUUAGUCUUAAUCCAAGUCCAAGUCUUAGUCCUCAGCCUAGAGCGAGACAGCCUCGGAGAUCGAAUACGGUUGUUGAAGGCAAAGAUAAUUCCGAGGAUCGGAACGUUGAUUGGCAAGAAGAUAAUACCCAGAAGCCUACUUUAGGUGAUAUGUUUUUUGAUGAAAGACUUUCAUUAACGCUAGAAGAAAUCGUACAUAUUCGUAGCGUAUUGACUAAAGCCGAAUUGGAAUCAUUGCCUGUCGAGGGUCAAGUGAAAGAAGACGUAGAGAAAAGACGUGUUUGUUUCUUGUGUCUGAAAACAAGAUUUGGUUUAUUAGGGCCAUGGGGUCAACGUUGUCGUCUUUGCGAAAGAACAGUCUGCGUGAAAUGUUACUCUAAAAUGCGGAUUCCAACCGAACAUUUUGCUCAUGUACCGGUGGUAUUAUUGUCUCCUGGUUUAUUGUUAUCACCAUCAUCUUCUGAACCAGAUACAAGUGGAAAAAAUUCUUGGUUAAGAGGUACUGGAGCAGUUGGUUCAGCGCCAGCUUCACCAGCUUCUAGGCGUAAAGAUUCUGCAUUGCGAAGUAUAACACCUUCCUCUACUCCUGCCACUACACCCCUUUCGGCCGUAACGCCAACUUCGAUUCCUUCAUCUAGUUCUCGGCGAGACAUUGAUACUUGUGCUACGGAGAAAAGAAAUUAUAAAGGAAGUGGUAGUCCAGCAACUACCACAACUACAAAAGCAUUUUCAACAUUUGCUAGUCCAAGUUCCGAACAACGAUUGGCGGCAGAACGAUUACGAGGUGUUGCUAUGGUUGUCUGUCACGACUGCCGGAUCAUGGUGAUACAAAUUAUUAAAAGUUCGAGGACAACUCGAGCUACGAUACGCAACAAUGUUAUUUCUCGUCUUACUUUAAGUCUCUCACCUGCAUAUGUUUAAAAUCUCUUUACUGAGCUAAAAUCCAAAAAUAUUAUAAAGCUCGGUUAAAAAAAAAAAGGAAAAAAAAAAAGAAAAAAAAAUAGACAACCCUGCAGUUCUAGUGAUGGAAGAUAAUCUUAAAGAAAAAAAUGAAUAUAAAAUAAUGUAAGAAAUAACCUGUAGAUUAUAGAUCCUUUUUCUUGUACAAUAUCACUGUUGAUCUUCCACAGAUACAUUCCAAGUGGUAACUAAGCACAGUUUAAAAUCUGUGAUUACAUCUUUGGCAUGAUCAAAGAAUAAAGCAGGGGAUGUAUAUAAAUCUUAAGAUAUGUUAUUAAAUAAGUUUAAUUAUAUGAGUAACAUUAUUUUGGUAUAUUUGUUUCAGCUUGUGCUAAGCGCAAUUAUAUUACAUUUUAUAAGGAACAACCACUCAUAUAAUAUAUUGCACAUACCCUCAUUGGGGAUAUUGAAAAAAACAAUUUAUUAUAUUUGAAUUAGUAAUGUUUUCGUACAUUCUUAGUCCUUAUAUAGAACGUUUGCUGAUAUAUUUACUUUUGCAAUAAUUGCAUUAAAUUUCAGAUUUUUACUAUCUUGGAAAAUAUAAUUUAGUUGUAUAGUUAUACUUUUAGAAAAUAUAUAAAGAAAUAAAAUAUAACGCGAUCAAAAUACUUGCAAAGCAUUUUGUAUUGCUGGCAAAAAGAUCUUCCUCCUAAUAUAUUUAUUAUGUUCUUUAAAUAAGAAUGUAGUACUUUCUGCCCUAUUACAUAAAUUAAAUUAAACGUCUACAUUAUUAGAAAACGAAAAAUCAUAUAUUGUAUAGAAAAGAAAAUACUAUAUUAUAAAAGAGUUAUCAAUGCAUCAAUAUUAUUAAAGUUCAGCAAAUGAAUCUUAUAAAUCAGAAUACACAAUAAUAUUUGGUAUAGCAUAUAAAUAUAUAUUAAUGCUUGAGCAUAAGUAAAUUGUUAAAUGCAUGCAAUUUAAAAGAUAUCUAUUAUAUAAUGCCAUUUUGUUUGCUUAAAAAGCUAAUGUCCUAUUUAUGUUUCUAUAUAAUAAUUUAUUUUCUUUUUUUUAUUUCAGUACCUGAAACAUUAUUAGAGAUUUAAGUUUAUUAUACUAGUACAGAACUUGUAUUUCAUUUAAAUUAUAAUAUCUACUUUAUUCUAUAAUAUUACAAAUACAAUGUGAAAUGUAUCGGUUGCAGCCUAAAUAUUUUUUUAUGAUAUAUAAAAAAUAAUAAAUAUAUAUUUUUUAUUGCUUUUUAUAUAUCAUAAAGGUUGCAGUAUCAUUAAAUUACAAUGAAUUAAAGUUAUAUUUUAUUUAAAUGUGCAAUGAAAAAUAAUAUUAGAUCUGUACGAAGUUUAAACGAAUUUUGCGCGAAAAGUUAAACUUUAUCGUGUCACAUUACUCUACAAUAAUAAUAAUUUGCUGACAUUAAAAGAGAUAAUUAUAUGUAAUAUGUGUGCAAUACUAAUUUAUUUUGAUCGGUCAAGAAAUCGACCAAAUCAGUAAGCCUAAAAAUUAUUACGAUUUUUUUAUUUUUGCAGUCUUAUGCACAAUAGUUGAUUCAAUUUAAUUUAAAUUUUUUAUAUGUGCUUACAUAAUAUAUAAAUUGGAUUUAAUUUUAUUUAUACUGUUUUGUACUGAUUUGUUCUUGUAAAUUAAUUUAAUUAGAAUGUACACUCUGAAGUUGAACAUUCUUCUAUAAUUGCAUAUAUUUAUAUAUUGUGCCUACUAUUAAUUCAUAAUAGUUGUGUAUGAAUUUAUUGUACAGUAUUAUUAUUUAUUCAAUGAUAAUAUUAUUUUUAGUAAAAUUUAUUUGUAAUUUGCAGCAUAUAUUCAUAAGAAAUAUUUAAAAAUAAUUAAUUUUUUUUUUAUAUAGAUAUAAUUUAAAAUACAUUGCUAAAAGAAAAGAGAGUGGAUGAAAGAUUACUAAAUGUAAAAAUACAUUCAUGUGGUUUGCAUUGUAGUCAUGUCUAUAAAAUGUUCAAAUAUAAUAAAGUGAACGUUUAUCUAAAUAUAAUUAAAACUAUCACAAAAAUAGGAAGUACAAAUAUGAUCUGAUAAUUGCUGCAAGUUGUGAUAUGGAAUAGUCUAAUGUACAAAGAUUAUUACAGUUGAAGUUAAAUUGCGUUAGAAUUGUAAAAUAUUUUAAAAUAUAAUUGUAGAAAUAAUAUUACAGAAAAAAAAAUAAAUUUAUUAAUAUAUAAUAAUCAGUACACAGCUAUAUAUAAUGAAUACUGUUUAUUAAAAAAUGGAUUUAUUUAUUUUUAUGGAGAGGGGGUUAAUCAAUAUAUAAUUUUCUGUAAAUUGUUUAAUGUGCAAUUUUCGCACAAAUAAAUCUGCAGUAGACCACUACA